AAAGUCUUGCACAAUUCGACGUAAGCCAGGGGGAAGGAAAUGUUGAAAGUUGCCCACAGUAAUGCUGUUUACAAAGCUUUGCAGGCACAAGUAAGGUACACCCAUCGGACGCACUACAAUGUGUUAAAACUACAACCAAACUGCUCGUCGCGGGACGUCCGAACUGCCUUCAUUCAACUUUCUAAAGAACUACAUCCUGAUGCGAAUGUAAGCAACAGUGAAAAGUAUGACAAAAAAUCGUUUGUUGAGCUGCUGGAAGCUUAUAAAGUCCUAAGCAAACCGGAGUUACGGGCUGCGUACGAUUUCGAGUUAUCAUUGGGCAAGAAUCCAGGCAAUCAGGUGUUUCAUAGACCAUGGGCCGCAAAUUCGAUGCAUUACAACAACGAAGAACAGCCGUACUACGGAAUUAAGGGGGUCAAAAAGGUCAGUAAUUGGACGAUAGUGCUAUUUUGUGCUAUAUUUAUGUUGAUCGGUAUCGUUCUGCAGGCGGUAGCAAUCAGCAAAUCGUUCACAUUCCAACGAGAUCAGUUGGACGAAUACUCAAGGCAGAAUGCAAUCACUCACGCUGAAGUGCGCGAAGAGGCGGAAAAGUAUGGCAACAAAGCGCAAAUCGAGCGCAUGAAGGCAAAAUUGAAUUAG